CUCGAUGAAGUACUCACAUUCAUAUAUAUCAGCCCUUGCAAACCCACAGAUAAAGAAUUUGCCAGAACUCAAUUUCUGGUAAGACGUAACAAGGUUGUGGAAGUGUUGGAGUGGCUGAAGCUAAACCAUGAAGAUUAUGUAGACUUGAACAUAUCCUAUGACAAUCUCAAUAGCUAUUCGGAGAAUGUCCCUCCGGUCAUUAUAGACUACCAUGAUGGUCAUAUGAACAAGGCUCCAGAAGCUACGGCCAUAAAUGACCUUGAAAUGGAUGAAGGUACCAUUGAUGGUCCCUGUUCAUUCACCGUUCAUGGUCUUACUGGGGAUGUGUAU